CUGAAGUUCGAGCCUGAGAAACCACCCUCUGGCACUGGGGUCAUGAACAUGAGCUCCAACAAGGAUCAACAUCGUUCGGCAUCGCCAGAUGUCGAGGGCGAUCCGGAUCUCGCCCUCGCGAUCGCUCUUUCCUUACAAGAAGAAAACAUUACCGGUGAUGCAGCAGUUGAGUCUUCUCCAGUUGCCGCGAAGGACAACAUUGGCAAGUCCGCAUCUGCUGGCGCCGCCUUUGGCUACUUAGCCCUCGACAGGAAGACUAUGGAGGAAGAACGUCUCGCAAGAUUGAAGAAACGUUCUGCCGCGCAAGCUGGUCUCAACGAGAAGCCUCAAAAUCCGAAGCUCCGACGUUCUGAAGACGAUAUCCUGGGAGUGAGCGACAUCAACGGACCCGGGCCAUCUAAGACGCCUAACCAAAUAAGAGAAACCGCCAAACUGCCAUUUUCCAAAGGGGCAUUCAAGAGGACAUGGGCAUACGGCUACCCGAGAACAGGCGAAGAUAUCAAGAUCGAAGAGAUUCUGCAGAAGGACAAAUUGCAGCUGGCUGUUCUUUCGUCUUUCCAGUGGGACGAGGAAUGGCUCCUGUCGAAGAUGGACUGCGCUCGCACCAAAAUGAUACUGGUCGCCUAUGCUGCGAAUGAUGCGGAGAAAGCAGUAAUUCGCUCAAACGCUCCUUCUGGGCUGAUAAGAUUUUGCUUCCCGCCCAUGCACGGCGGUUAUAUGCACUCCAAGUUGCAGAUCUUGAAGUUUGAAGGUCACCUUCGUAUUGUGAUCCCCUCCGGCAAUCUGGUUCCCUACGAUUGGGGAGAGACGGGUGUUCUGGAGAAUAUGGUGUUUCUCAUCGACUUGCCCCGGCUCGACGAUGCGGAGAAGAUUGCUGGUACUACGGAGACAUUAUUCGGAAACGAACUUCGACGUUUCCUGCAGGCUCUUGGUCUGGACGAAAAGCUCGUCAAGAGUCUGGACAACUACGACUUCUCCGAGACGAACCGGUAUGGCUACUGCGGGCUGGGAAGCACUGUUCGCAGCUUGGGAUUAGCAACCGAAGAUCCCGUGGACGUUGACUACGUGGCUGCCGGCACAAUCUGCAUACAAGAGAAAUGGUGGAAUUCCUCGACCUUCCCGCGAGAAUUACUGCGAGAUUGCCAGGGCGCCCGAAAAGGUCUCCUUCUGCACAGCAAAGUCAUUUUCGUCCGUGAUCGAGGACGCGACGGUGCAGUCUGGGCCUAUAUGGGAAGUGCAAACUUGUCGGAGAGUGCAUGGGGCCGGUUAGUGAAGGACCGGGACGCGGGAACGGCCAAGCUCAGUUGUCGCAACUGGGAAUGCGGCGUGUUGGUCGCGGUGGGCAAGGCGGCGGGCACGGCGGAUUCUUGGGCACGGCGGGGAACCGACCAAGGUGCACAGGCAAAGGUGCAGAGCCAGACGCAGGGCCAUACGCAGACGCAGGCGCAGGCGCAGACGCAGACACACGAGGGGCGUGACCAGGAGCAGAAGGAGAAACAACAGGGCGAGGCAUCAAAUGAGGAGAAGCUGCAGUACCAGCGGCGGCAUCGGCAUCAGCAUCAAGAUGAGCAGGACGAAUCAGCGGGCCUCGAUGAAGCGUUUGGGACGACGAUUCCCAUUCCGAUGAAGGUGCCGGCGGGACGCUACGCGCCAGAUCAGUCGGCAGCCAGCCGGCCUUGGUUUUUCAUGAAGGCCGAUUGA